AUGGCUCACAAUGCUUCCAUUGCUCCCUGUCUGCUGUGCGGGCGCAUGAUCUUUGACGGGCAAGUCAGGCAUACGCCGACUUGGCUGAACCAGUUUCGCAUACUCUAUUCAGACGUAGACGUUGUUUCGAUUACGGGAGUGGGUUACUUCAAGGACACGUCCUUUGACCCUUGGAUUGCGCCACUAGACUACAAUGCCCGAUGGGACGAUAACGGCAGUGACGAUGACGCUUACGAUGCGCUUGAGUACCCUCACAUUGGUAUUCUUCGUCAGUCGCCUAGAGAUGGACGCUGGGGACUUGCAUUUCACGAAGCCUGCUGGUCGCUGUUGGAGGUUGCGCUGGCCCCCAAACCAGUGCCGCUCAAGCGACUCUUUGGUCUAUGCAAGUCCUUUCCGAUUCCUGAAUCCCAGUUCUGUCCAGAAUGGGGGCACUAUUAUGGUGGUCUCAACAGAGAACACCCCGACGAUGGUCGCUGCGUCGAAGUCAAUGACAAGUUCACGGAGCAUCACCGGCUCUGUGUGACGCAAAUCACGAACAUCGAUCCGUUUGACAUCCCCGAAAUCGAAAGUCUGCGGAUCAAUGCCGUAGAGGACAUACCACAGGUUUCCAUCAUGAGCGUGCGAUUUUCCGACCCGUUUGCCUCGCUGCCGCAGGAAAUGCUCAUGAAUAUCGCCACUCUGCUUCCGACACACGACUUUCUCAACUUGCGGCUGGCUUCGCAGUUCUUUGUGCCCGUAUUUUAUCAGCAGAAUUUUUGGGCCACGAGAUUCGGGCCCGGAAGCGAGCGCUGCUGGGUGUUUGAGACGCAGCGCUGGAACCGGGCACUGGACUGGCGACGGCUUUAUCGUCGCACAGGCCUCAUGCAUCGCUCCCAGGCCAUGCACAACAGGGAAAGGGUGUGGCUCCUGGCCAUGUAUAUCAAGAGACUGCUGGAUCCCAGGUUCGUCAAUACAGGCGGCACUACUACGCCGCUGCUCACGGACCCGCGUGUUUGGCGCAAGGCCUCGGUCGACAUCUACGCAUGGGACGCAGGGGAUCCGUACGGGUUGUUUCCUAGUGGAUGCAUGGAGCUGCAGAACAGUCCAAAGGUUUCUCUCCCUCAGUCAAUAGAUCAAAUUUCGUUUUUUGUCAAUGAAGUUGGAGAGGUGGAGUACGUGGUGGGCUUGAGGGUGGUUGGCUCAUGUGGUGCUGUUGUCGAGCUCGGAUACAUGGCCCAUGAGAUAGUCGUUGAUGUCUCGGGGAGGUCCUGGACAGGUCUUUGUAUGGCUCUGGUGCCUACGGGCAUGAGAGCUGUUCAGUGCGUCUUUGGGGACGGCAGUCAUUCGCCAUGGGUCGGAUGCGAAGUCGAGGGCAUCGCGCAAACAAGGAAGCUAGUAGCUGCAAGCAAUCUAUUUGCAAUUUCUGCCCAAUUCGACGGCUGCAGGAUUAUAAGUCUCGGCGUCGCGGCAGCAGAGUGGGCGCCUGCGUCGCUGCGCGACACCGCCGUGUGGGAAAAGGGUAUCCCGGACCGGGAGCUGCAGCUGAACGAGGCCUUCUUUUCCACCAUGUACGUGUGGGCCGACGACGGCAUAUACGAUUCGAUUCGUCGGAGCGUGUUUGGCGGCACGCGUGGCCAGAGCCUGCGCUACCUGACGGGCAUACAGGUUUACAUGACGUCGACACCGUGCGCGCUCGAGUUUGAAUUCACGCCCGGGCACCUCGACUAUCUUGACACGUGCGAGGACCUGGGCGUGUAUCCGGACUCGGAGAUGGCGAGCCUGCAGCAUUUUUCCAUCAACGGCCCUGGCGGGGAGCGCAUCUGCGGCGUGGAGCUGUACGUGUAUUACAGACCGAAUGAGGUUCUUGUGGAUGCUGAGCCCAGCGCCGAGCUGGAUUCGUUCAAGAUUUUUACGAAUCGCGGUCGGUCCCAUCACUUUCGGUAUAGGGACAGGGUCAUCAAGAAAAACGUCACGAUGGUAUCAGUGCCGGUGCCGGCUGGAGAGACCAUGACUGGAUUCUACUGUACGAUGUUUGGCGAUUGCAUCAACGCGCUGGGCGUGAUAACGGAGAUGCUUGACUAG